AUGCUACCAGAGGCCGAUUCAGACCGGAAGCGAUAUCCUUUGCUGCACAUGUAUUUUGUUGGUGAAAGGCGAGCCGCAUACUACAUAUGGAAUAUUGCCUUGCCAAACUUUCUGCUGAGCAUGCUGGUGUUCACGUCCUUUGCCAUUCCCAAAGAGGACUUGGCAGAUCGUUUGAGCGUUACGCUCACCUUGGUCCUCACUUCGGUUGCUUUCAAGUAUAUGGUCGCCCAGGAGUUGCCACGCAUCAGCUAUCUGACUCUUUUGGACACCUACAUUCUGGUGAGUUUUGCCUUUUUGGCCUUGGUUGGCGGGCAAAACGCUUUUUCGGCCUUAUUCACAGAGGUCCCUUUCGAGCAUCACUCCAGGCAAGUGGUGGUGGCCAUCUUUCUGGUGAUACAUUUGGUGGUUGGACUGCUGAGUGUCCAGUUCAUGUGCCUGGAAUCUUCGAAAGGUGCCCGGCUGCGAAAUUACCAGCGAGUGGGUGACGGUGUCAAUGGAAGAACCUACGAGUUCAUGGGCCUUCAGCAACUGUUGAGUCGUUUCAGCGCGUGA